AUGACCAGAAGAAAGCCAAGUGAUGUGGAUCAGCAGCAGCAUUAUUUUUCGCAUUGGGAGCAAUCCUGUGAUCGGGCACUUCAGCAGUGUAUAAGCCACGGAUCCUGUGUACGCUCCUGGGAACUGUUUAUUAACACGUGUACCGUUGAUACACUGCAUCACCGUUGUAAUGCCAGCAAUAGGACUGCUUGUAUUUAUGCGUUUCAAGGUCUCUCCUGGACACCGGUCUUUAACUGCACCUGUAAAAAUACCUAUGAUAAUGGCAAAUGUAUUAGCGCACAAAGUUACCUAAAAAAUAACCUUUGUGUUUAUGAAUAUUUCGGACUAGGGAGAAACAAAUACGAACAAUUUGAAUAUAGCAGCACUUAUAUCUCGCCAACAAUAAACUAUCCAAAAAUACAGGAAACUUAUCGUCCAGUUAUUGAAGAACAGCUUAGAAAAUGGUCCGAUGCUCAGCUACCCCAAAUCAGGAAUUCUUCAAACACUGGAAUAUUGCCGAAUGCGAAAAAAAAAUUUGACAAACACUAUCACUAUCCAGGGAGGAUUGAACGUAUUGAUGAUAGCAGUAGAAAUACGGAAAGCCAAGAAAGGUUUAAUCGGCCAGACUCAACUGCAAAUGCAGAACGUUCGGAUUCAGCAAAGUCGCAUCAAUGGACACAGAAAGAUAGCAGAAGAAACUACCACGCAACUAUGCAACAAAAUUACAUACGGACUAGGGAGAGGUUAAGAAACGAACAACCUGCUUCUUCUUACAGUCCAUUUAUUCCCUCAACUCCUCGUCAAAAUCUUGAAGAGCAUUGGGUGUCAACAACUCCUCCAGUAACCAAACCACAACAACAAAGAAAUAAAUUCUCUUCGGUUUACUGGGAAUAUGACACAGCAAAUAGACAAUGGAGAAGCAGAAAUCGACCUCCUCACAAUCAGCCAUCAGUUGAACGCACACGUUUCGUGGAUGGUAGAAAAAAUGCUUAUGUACAGCGGAAUUAUGGAGAAAGAAAAGGUGGAGGAAGUUAUGAUCGAAUUACGACAACUCCUAAACCGUAUAUACCCGGAACGACGAAGAGAUUUCUACACACCACAACAGUACCUUUAACAAGGCACAUGAAAAGGCCGCAUAUACAAACGAUUGAGAGAUCAAAACAACCAGAACCAGAUUCUGCGAUUACGUAUUCAUCAUAUCCAUCCAACAUAAGUAAACUAAGCAACUGGAAUCGUAAACAAAACUUAGUAUAUUCAACACAUUCGAUUCAUGAUAACAAUGAAAAAAUGAAACAACAGCGGACAAGGUUAGACAAUGAUGCUGGGAUUUAUUCAAAAAACACUGCUAAAACGCCGGAUGUAAAGAAGUAUGUUUUCUGA